CGCCGAAUGAAGAGAACUGGAACGGCUUGGGAAGCAAAGAAGUCAUACGUGCUUGCUGCUGCUGCUGCUGCUUCUCCGCUGAGACGGGACAAACGCAAGCUCGAUAUGUCGUGCUAGUGGUCAAAUAAUGAACGUUUUCAAUCGAGUACUGCCUAGUAUGAAUCCUCAAGAGUUCGGUACUAUGGUUUGGAUGGGACAGCUCGCAUCACCGCUUGAUGAGAACUUAACAAACUAUUACGGACCAGCGGUUACGAACGUUAUGGAAGACAUCACACAACAGACCCAAACUAUGGACAUGAAUCCGGCUGCAAUCAGUUCGCUAAUCAGUGAAUACGGUGGACAUUUAACGGCCAUUCCUACGCCGUCCGGCUUGGCCACGGUGCCGAAUGCUGCGGAAGCAAUGGCACUGACUAAUUCGGAAUUGUUCAAUAUUCAGCAGCAGCAACAGCAGCAACAGGCUCAACACCAUCAGCAACUACUGCAGCAACAGCUCGCACUGAGUGGUUAUAGUUUUUUGGACCAAGCCGCUGCCCUGUCGGCCGCCAAUAGUCUAUCAGCGCAUGGAGACGCAACGGCAGCGUCCGGUCUUGGGCCACCACCAACUUUGGCGAGUGUUGGGAUGCGUCUCCUGGACGGAAGUGGAAAGCUUGCGGUCAACAAUAGGGUACUGGCAGUGGCCGGUGCAGCAGCAGCAGCAGCAGCUGCAGCAGUAGCUACAUCGUCCGCCUCCGACGAGGAUGGAAUCAACGAAGUGUUGGACGACCAAGGCGAAGACGAGGAGCAAAACUACGAGCAAUAUCAACAAAUGAUAAACAAUGGUUUGGGAAACGAUUACCUUGCCGUUCCCGGCCAGGACAAUCUGCUGCCGUACAAGUAUAUGAGCGAUCCCCAUAUGCUGCAGCACAAUUUUCUCGACUACGACGUGAUGGCGGAUGCGUCGAACAGUAACAGCAGUAACAGCAACAGUCGAUGUAGUCCCGGCGGAACAGAUACGAUGGACGUGGAACAUCAAAGUACGGCAUCGAACCAAUCGGAUUCGCGAUUUCAGCAGCAACGCCAACAAGAAGCACUCGGCGGUAGUGACGUAUCUUAUCCUGGUACGAUCUAUAGCGGUACGAUGCCGGUUGAACGACAUCCCAGUAAAAAAAUUAGACCCGUGAAGAGACCUGGCCUGGUACUAAAAACCCCAAUUGCUUACAAAGGUGACAUUGAUCCGUCGGUGAUUCCCAUACAACGCGAUGGCAUGGCAAUCUGUGAAAAAUGCGGUGCCAUCGGAGUAAAACAUUCGUUCUAUACCAAGCAGCGACGGUUUUGUAGUUUGGCAUGUGCGCGCUCGUUCGAAUCACUUCGCGUGUACAGUACACCGUUGCACCGUGCACCUGGAAACAAAGUGUCUGCCUCGGCAAACGACGACAGCAGCAGCAAACAACUGGCCACAUCAACGUCGGCCGACGCAUCCAACAGCAUUGGGUUGCUCCCGACACCGCCCGAACAAUUGAUAGACGAUUCAAAUUUGUCUACGGGUGACGUGGAUAGUAAACGUGUGACGUUACCGUCACUGCAUCAGCAUCAAGAACAAGUACAAAAUAUCGGGUAUCGCUUCAAGAUGUCCGGCACAUCGCAUACUCUAGCGAACUCCGGUAGUGGUGGAGGUAUCAAUAGCAAUAGUCACGAUGGCAGCAGUAACACCGCCACCAAUGGUAUGUUCGGUGGCAAGAUAAUCGGUGGAGCAGGCAUGCUGCAGGAGAUACUGCCCCAGGAGGACAUUCCUCAGCUGCCGAAGGGAACCCGUUUACCUUCGCCCUGUCCCCAGGACGAUCGCAUCAACAGCAUCCGCCGUAAGCCGAACGAGUUUCACAACUCGUACGAUUGGACGCAAGCACUAGCGGAACCAAAGUUUUACGCCGCCCCUGUCACCUGUUUCAAGCACGCGCCCGGCUACGAUAUGUGGCCGAACGUUGUGAUCGGUAUGAAGGUGGAGGUGGAAAACACGGACUGUGAUUUUCAGCAGGCGCUAAUCGGUGGUAUGCCGCAUAGCUUCUGGGUCGCGACAGUAUUGCGCAUCUGUGGGUACAAGGCGCUACUACGUUACGAGGGUUUCGAUGGAGAUGGCUCGAAAGAUUUCUGGGUUAAUCUGUGCUCGGCCGAAGUUCACCCGGUGGGUUGGUGUGCGACACGCGGCAAACCGCUGAUACCACCAAAGAGCAUCGAAAAACCAUCCCCAGAUUGGAAGGAAUUUCUCGUAGCACGGCUUUCGAAUGCGCGCACCCUGCCCUCGACGUUCUACAACAAAAUUAGUGAUAGUUUUAAGUCUCGGUUUCGCGUUGGUUUGAACCUGGAGGUAGUAGAUAAAAAUCGUAUUUCGCAAGUAAAACUGGCGACUAUCAGCAAGAUCAUUGGGAAACGAUUGUACGUUCGAUACUACGAUAGCUCACCGGAUGAUUAUGGCUUCUGGUGUCACGAGGACUCGCCACUAAUACAUCCCGUCGGUUGGGCAACGACCGUCGGACACAACUUAGCCGCACCGGAGGAAUACAUGGACAGGAUGAAUGCGGCAAGCGAUCAGAUACUGGAACCUCACGAAGACGACGCUACGAUGGACCUAUUCAAGACCAACUUCCAAUUCGAAGAGUACUGUUACGAUGGCAAGCAGACGGGGUUCGAAGAAAACAUGAAGCUGGAAGCAGUAGAUCCGCUAAACCUUUCCUCGAUCUGUGUUGCCACCGUGAUGACGGUGUUGAAGUUCGGCUACAUCAUGGUACGCAUCGAUUCUUACGAUCCGGACGUGAACGGAGCGGAUUGGUUUUGCUAUCACGAGAAAUCGCCCUGCAUUUUUCCGGUCGGGUUCUGUGCAAAGAACAACAUAACGCUGACACCACCGAAAGGGUACGAUCUUAAUACUUUUACCUGGGAACAGUAUCUGCUUGACACCAAUAGCAAACCGGCAACGGAGGACAUCUUUCACCGAGACCAGAUACGGCAACGGUUUAAGGUUGGAAUGAAAUUGGAAUCUGCCGAUUUGAUGGACCCAAGACUGAUCUGUGUUGCAACGAUUGCACGUGUGGUUGGUCGAUUGUUGAAGGUACACUUUGACGGUUGGGAAGAUGAGUACGACCAAUGGUUGGAUAGUGAAAGUCCCGAUAUCUAUCCUAUCGGUUGGUGUGUCCUCGUCGGCCACAAACUUGAGGGUCCACGGAUUCUGCCAAAGGUAGUGCCGACGCAAAAAAUUUCACCCAAAACGACCAAGAAGGGAAGAAGGAAGAAGAAACUGAAAAUGGAGUGUCCGCAAGAUGAUGAAAUAGUAGGUUGUUUACAUUAUAUCGAUAAUUUUCCAGCCCAACCUGCUCCAACGACACGCACGGCGAGAAUCAAAAAAGAACAAGAAUACUUCGAGCAGCAAAAACUACUGUCCACCAAUCCAAGCCAAUUCGAUUACAGUCCUCUCGGUCACAUGGUGGCGACCGAUCUAGCUGGUCAGCUAUCGCAACAGUUUGCGAACGACGUCUCAAUGCUGAUGGGAAAUCAGUUGCAAAUGCAACAAAACCAUCAAUCCUCGGAGAUGGACGUUGCAUUAGGUGGUGGUGUUACCACCAGCAGCAGUACACCGUUACACAACUUCAUCAAGCACGAGACAAACCACGACACAUCUCUGUUGAGUGGCGGCAGUGCGCUCGGACCUAUCUUCGACCAUUCGUCGAGCGGAACUACCGGGCCAACCAAUGCCACCACUAACUCCACCACAAGCAACGCGAUGGAAACGGAUGAUGUAGAUGUGCGCACGGAGGACGAGGAUGGUGAAUCUAGUUCUGCCACCGGGCUACCGUCUACGGCACCUUCGUCGGAAAUUGCAGACAACGAGAUAGAUAAAACGAUACCACGAUUAAUUCAUCAAGAUACAGCCAACAGUGGCGGUUCGCCGGACUCUGUUAGUGGUGGUAUCGCGGGAGGGCUCAGUAACUCGAACGGAAGUAACUCCGGUCUGGUUGGUGCGGGCGGUAUGCUGAACACGUCUUCCACCUUCGGUAUGGCGGUGUCCAACAACAGUGGACAGCAAAUUAUGCCCGAAAGCUGGGAAGUGAAGGAUGUUGCCACCUUUCUUACGAUCAAUGAUUGUGCUGUACAUGCGGAGCGCUUCGUGCAGAACGAUAUCGAUGGCAAACGUUUGCUGGAGCUCAGCAAGGACGAUAUUAUUACGCUGCUUAAUAUGAAAGUGGGCCCGGCGCUCAAAAUUUUCGAUCUCAUUCAGCAACUAAAGUGUAAAAUCGAUCCGACCAAGUUGCGCCAUCUUUCUAAAGCGACCGGCAAAAAGUUUCUCUAGUAGCUGCUAU